AUGCCGCAUGGCCCGCAGCAUCAGCAGAUAUCAGGAUUUGGGUCCGUCGAUCCAUUCGAGACGUAUCCUCUGGUGAGGCUGGGGAAAGAGCACGUGCAACGUCUAAUACAUAGCUUUCUUCACAAGAUUGCCUUUCAAUACUACCCUCUGGACCGCAACCCACAUUCAAAUCCAUUCCUAGUAUCGUGGUGGCCACUGGCUUUGGGAGACCCCGUCUUGUUUCACGUCUCGUUGCAAACGGCAUGCCUCGACGAGGAGUUCUUUGGCCGCAAAGGCUUUCAGACCUCAGAGCAGCUCAUGUCUGACUCUGUCGUCCUGCUUCGACGCAAAGUUCAAGAUGUCUCGUUGGCUAUGCAAGACAGCACAAUAAAUUCUGUCAUCACGCUCGCCACAAUAGAGUACGGAAAAGGCAAUAUAGAAACAGCGCAAAUGCAUGUUACAGGAGCGAGGCGACUCGUAGACAUGCGUGGGGGGCUCCAAGCAGUGAUGCAGACCAGCCCUCUAACUGCGCGCAUGGUCAGCUGGGUAUCGAUGCUUAUAAUCGGCGUUCCCCAGUACGAGACCCAAGAUGAUGACGGGAGUGGUGAUGGCAUCAGUGCAAUUCCGGAAUGCUUCAGAGCUACCCUCCUCGACCAACUCCGAUAG